GCAGUCUGGGCGUGCCUUAGUCGCGCGUGUUGCAUUGGAAGCUUUCGGGCAAGAUGGUUGUGCCUCUCGUAGGCGAACUUUGUGACCAGAGGUCCUAGCAACCGUAAGAGGCGGCGGGUGUAAUGGCGUCCUCGGCGGCUGCGGGAGGUCCGUCCACGACCAAUGUAAUCGUCGUGGUUGAUCAUGAAGUAUUCAACGUCGAUCGAGAGGUCCUCACCAAGAGCUGCCCUGCUUUGACCAGUGCUUUAGAAAAUGACGCAAACAGCACGAUCCAGUUGUCUGGCAUUUCCGCCGCCACGUUCAACAUUCUUCUUCACUAUAUGACAACUCAUCAACUCAAAGUAACUGCGGAAAUUGUUGGGGAUAUAUUCUGCGCUGCAUCUCACUUGCAGAUGUCUGACGUCAUGAAGCGGUGUGUCCAGCUGGACUCGGACGUAGUUCCAGUGGGUCAAAGGAUCCUUAUGUUUGCUGCUGCACGGAAGUUUGACUUACAAGAGGAAAGACAGCGCCUCCGAGAAGCCUUGGCGAGGCGUUUCACUUCUGUGGUCAAUAGUAGUGAAUACAAUGCGAUGGAUGUGGAAGACAUAAAGGAGAUUCUCAAAGCCGACCUCAUGGGUUGCCGAUGUGAAGCGGAAGUGUUUGAAGCCUGUAUGCUGUGGAUGAACUACCUUCCGGAUGCACGAUAUAAGCACGGGGAGGAACUCAUGGAACUCGUCCGACUUGAUCAGAUGAAUCUCAGUGAACUCCACCGUAGCCUCAACUACACAGGUGUUUCUCAAAUGCCUGAAGUUCGAAAGAAAAUUCUUGGAACAAUAAGCAAUUGGUUGGACCGCCAGAGCGGGAGCGAGGCAGCUGAAACUGAACAGAGGCCUCAACGACGGUAUAGACCGGAGAUCCUGGCAUCCGAGAUGUCUCUUCCUGGCGGGCCUUACAUUCUUCGUUCGUCGGCUAGCGCUAUACCGGUGACGCAGAAUUUGUCCAGUACUUCCCGUACUAUGUCAGAAAGGUCUAUCCUGUACACACCAUUAAUCACGGCCCGGGACGGUGUAGUCGUAACCGAAGCGUAUGGACCAGGUGUUGGAGGUAGCUCUAUCUUGGGCACUCUUCCACAACCUCCACAGGCUGCUAGCAUUAGCACUUCCUUCGCUACGAGAACUGCCGGGAGCCUCGGGUCCCUAAUAGAAGAAACCGAAGAGAAACGAGUCUCCGAGUCCAGGACUGAAGAGGUUCGCGUCUCCCGAAAAGUUAAACGGAGCAAAUCGAAAAACAAUUCUGAGACCUGUACGAAAAAGGAUGACAAGGACGGCGCCUCAGCAGGUCCGAAGCCGUCGUCCGGCGCUGCAGCAGAAGUUGCCAACGUGCCAUUUUCGCCAUCCACAGCAUCUGCAGGGCCAGCUGGUGGCGGUCCUUCAGAACAGGGGACUACUAGCAUAUCAUCAGCAUCAAUGUUCAGCUUUUCCAAAGAAGAGGAAAAGCGUCCUGAAUCACAAACUAAGCCAGCUGAAGAUGCCGGAGCUUCACUUAGAUCGCGGCUAGAAAGUUCAGGGUUCGACAACAAGAGUCAACCGGCUGCGUGGGAAAAGUCUCUCUCUGUCGAGAGCACGGAAGCAUCGUACAAGACGGGGGGUUCAGAAACUAAGUCAGAAGCAAGAGUUACGGAUCCUUUAGGGGCUGCGGGCAGACCGGACUCUGCUGAACUCCCCACCGUGGUUGAAGAAGGGAAGACUUCCGCGAGAAGUACCACUACACCAGCGCCCAAGAAACAGUCUCGACAAUCGGCUGCUCACGUAAAAUCCGUCGAGAAGAAAGAACAGGGCGGUCCCGCGGCGGUCCGCGGAGCUCGUGAUCCAAAUAACGUGAAAGGUCCAGAAGUCCGUGAUGUCAACGCGGUGGGUACACACGGUGCCACUCAUGCGGACUCAGAACCUUCCUUGCAAAAUCUCUCGUUGCUGUCACAGCGCGAUGCACUUAAUAAUAAUUCUGCCGCAAGCGAUGAAGAGGCGCACAUCGAACCCGUACACACAGAGGACAAAACACAAACUGCUGUGGGCGAAACAGUACACCUUCAGCAUGGACAACCAGGGAACAUAUCCGAAACCCAUGAUGCUUCAUCCGAGGACCAUUUUUUAGGGGUAACUGAGCCAGAUCAGCUGGCGAAUGAGUCUAUUAAUCACGAGCUGUCCGUUUCGGAGCAUCCCGUACACGUCAUACAUCACAAACCUGGAGGUAGCUCCAAAUGGAAGAAAAGUAGGCAAAAACCAACGUUCAAUACUACCUCUGCCUUAGAAGGGGACGAGAGCAGCGGAACAGAAGGAACGGCGGAUUCCUACGCCUCACGCGUGAAAGAUUAUCUGUCUAAUAGCAGGCAUUCCAGCCGCAGAGCUUCGCAUCCUCCUGCUUUAUACCGAACGCGAGCAGUGCCCGAAGGGGGCUGCCAUUCCGCAGAAAUCGUUACGGAUAGGUCAGCUGCGGACGAAUUCGGGUUGUCAGCCAAUGAAUUAGCCAUGGAGUCAGCUCGGAGGAAAGAAGAAAGGUACCGCGCUAAUAUCAAAACUGCACCUGCACGUGUCAAAUUUCGUCCCUAUAAUGAUGUCACCAUUGAUGUUAGCGUUGAUGACUGCUCUGAAAGGAAUGGUCCGGUCAUAGGUGAAGCGCAUAGGGGAGACCUACAACAUAAAUUGUGCGGAAACACGUCAAUAAACGAAGGUGCACGAAACGUGGAGCACGCUGUCAAGGGAUUAGAAACUCGGAUACUAGGCAACACGGAAAAGCAAGCGGACAUUGGGAACGUAGAUGACACCGUUGCGUGUAUCGAAGAACCAGAAACAUUCCGCGUCGACAACGGUGCAGAUUCAGACGCGUCGUCCAUCAGCAUCGACAUCCAACCUCUGCUUGUAAGAGCGAAGCCGGUGAGGGUAUCCAGUCCUUCUGUACUUUCGAGCAAGUGCACUGUCACGUCUCAGCUGCUUGCCGCAUUUUCGCCGAGCAACCUCUUGGCCAAUCCCCCUCUAAAGGUUGUUAAGAGAACCAUUCUUCAGGAAACCUUAACGACGUCUACUGCGGAAAAGAAUGAGAAUACAAGCACCGUGUCUGACAAGGACGCGGGAUUGAACCAGAACAAUUCCCAUUUGCAUACAAACGUCAAGGAGGAGGUACGCAACAAACGCGAAGAAGAAACGUUAGAAUCGUAUAACUCUCAACUCAACCUGCAGAGUUCUGCACCUGUACUUCUAGGUGGAAGUAACGGCAGGAUUCUUGAUGUGACCAAAUCAAGCUCUUCGAAUAUUAGCGUAGAUGUCAUGUUCCCGUCCUUGCCCCUGGACGUAAGGGAGGAUGCCGAAAAUCCAAAAGCAACUGUGCGCUGUGGUGAUCGCAUUGACAAACGCCAAGAGACACGGCCAGACCUGAAACCAGUUGGAAAAGAACGGCAUGCAAAGGAUGCAAGGGAAGAUGACGGGACGGGCGAAAACAGGAACAAAGCCAGUGAGAACUGCAGCAAAGAGGAAGUACGCCCUUCGGUGUCUUCGAAGACUGCUGAUAUAGCGUAUGGUCCUACGGCACGAGAGGAACGAAGUGACGCAGAAGAGAAACGUGAUAACCUGGAGGGGUCCUCGGACACUCGAAUAGGUCAGGACGACACAGGGAAGCAGUUGGCGACAUGCAGAUAUUUGAAACCUGACGAAGCCUCCUGCAAAUCGGUCACCGAAAAUAAGAAUGUGGAAAAUUCGAUCGUUACAUCCGAGACUGAGGAAAUCUACUAUUAUCCAAAGGAAAAGGUGACAAAAAAGCACAUAUCAGAGACAAAGGUCGUCACUGAGACGAGGUCUUACACAGAAAUUGUGGUGGAAAAGAAUUUCAGCGAUGUCUCUCUAAACCUCAAGAUGCCGGCAAUACCAGAAGAAGCUCGAGUGUCGGACAAUGAAGAAUCUGAGAAAUCUGAACAUGCACAAAUAGAAGCAGCACCUGAUGUCUUUCACACAACCAGAGCAGAAGAGGACGAACCAAUUCACGGUGUCCCUGAGCCGGAGCCUUGUCCGGGUGUCGUAGUAGCGCCUGUGCCUUCACAAAACCUGAUACCCAGCCGUAAUAAUAUCGAUAGAGAUAUCAAGUCUGUACAGUCGUCAGACAUGCUGAUAUUUAGCGAAGACUAUACACUGUCGAAGUCACCAUUUCACAACAGACACGCAGGAACACCAUGGUUUGAUGAAGGAGCUGGUCCACGUCAUAACUUGUCAGAGAAGGGUGACGUCACGUAUUCUGAUGUGACUAUGGCGUGUGAAAGAACUGAAGCACUGUUGCUUAACGACACAGUAACUGAAGACAGUGCUGUUUCAACAAUACCCACGAAUUCCGAGAUUCCAACGACAACCAAAGAGCACGCCGGACCAUCAGUACCCAAGGAACACGUACGGGGUCAACGAAAUGCUAAGAAAUCAACCCAAAAGCAACUGGAAAAGGGCUGCCGGAAGAGGGUCAGCAGACCUACCGAACGCGCGAAGGGCGCAUCCCGUGUACCUAAAGCUGCAAGAUCGCCAUCGCUAUCCAGCGACGUUAAUGCUACACCUGUUGUCCGCGAAGCCAAAAGGUUUACUCUAGCUGAAAUGUCAGAUGUGACUGCAUCCAAUGAAUCUACCAGCUUAGCGCCAAUACGGAAAAAGGAAGAACUCGGCGAUGUUUUCCCUCGCUCGAAUACAAGUUUGUCCGUUCUGGCAGAAGUUCCUCGGAAAAAAUGGAAACGGGAAUGCAAGUCUCCUACUGGUUCCGAAAAGGUCCCGUGUGAAGUGGACGACAUGAAAAAGACAGCGCCACCCGCGAACUUGGACAAAAUGCAGCUUUCAAAGGCAGAGCAUAUCGAUGAACUGGGCAAGGUGAAGGAAAUCGGAAAGCUGGUGGAACUCGAUGUGCUUCAGAUUUCCCGUGAACCAAGGACACACGUUGUUGCAUGCGUCAAAAUUGCUGAAACGGCGAGAAAAAGUUCGAAACAAGAAGGCACCAAUGCAGUUCCUGCGGGUGGAACCACUACAAAUGCAGGGGUUCAACGUGAAACUGUAUCCAAUAAAGCGAUGGCGCCCACAGCGUCUCAAACAUUAGUUGAAGCUAGUAGAAAGGUAUGCCGUGACAGUUCUCUGGAUUCUGAAUUUUUCACGGAGCGAAGAGCAGAUUUGCCAUCCAAGGGAUCAAAGGCAGUGGGAAAAGAACGCGUGAUUCCAGUGUUGCCUCCGUUCUCUGAUGCUUCUUUAAGACAAGACACGCCCUCGUUGUCAGCGCAAAUAGACAACCUUGGAAUGAAAAAUUUCGGAAGUGGCGGAUUGUUUAAAGCCCAGGAUUCUCACUUCUCUUCAAAGGGAAGCUCCAGUGAUGAUGUGCCGCUGUAUGAUGCCCCUCGUCGUUUACUAUCCAUGGAGCAGCGCGAGAGUCACUACGUGAAAGAAAUUAGAAGCCGCACCGCACCGGCCGACCAGUCGCAGCCCUCAUUUAUGACCAAUGAGAGCAAGUUGUGGAAGAAGGACGUAUCGCAGGAGAGCAUGAAGAGAACAAACAAUGAGACAGCUUUGCAGAAGCAACCUAGUCCAUGUCGAAUUCCAGAGCCGAUAGUAAUCAAAGCACGUAUACAAAUUGGACCGCAACCCUGGGCGAGGUCCCAAAGUCAGUUAAGCUCAGGCGGUCUGAGAACUAUGGUGAGCUUGCCAAGUAUCUCGGAUAUGUCACAGACGCUCAGCAAGAAAAGAGAAGCUGCACCCAUGGAACCGUCGCCAUUGUCCAUACGGCGUCCACCAGAAGACGCCUCUGUGGCACUUCAUACUACCAGCAUGCCAGUGACUGACAGGCAAGGCGCGUCAGCACACUUGUCAGGGACGUCCAUCUCCGAGAAACCCGCAGUAACUAUUCCGAUAGCUUCUCAUUCAGCUGAGUCGAUAUGCAGCACAAAGUCUGUCGGAGAAAUGCUCGGCAUAGUCCCAACAAACACGCGGCGACAGACAGUCGCUGACCCGUUCGCCCUUUCCAGUGCAGACGAGACCAAGACCACGGAUGUUUUGUUGUCGCAAGUUUCACAGAAAAUCAAAGGGCUGUACGACAGCACAACGGCGUCUGACCCUUCAAACAUGAGUAGGAAAUUGAUAGAAGCUAAGAAAAUGGCAUCGCCUCUUAGCCUGAAAAAUAUGCGGCAAAAGGAUUGGCUCCUGCUUGGAGUCAAGUCUCCGAUGGCCUCCGUAAAUGGAAUGAAAGAAAUUUCAAAAGAGGAUGUGUUACCUCCGCCGCCCACAGAAAUGCUCGAAGAAUUUAGGGUUUCGACAGAUAGCUCGUUGUACGAGCCAAGACCCUUGCCGCCAGACUUCUUGCUUUUCAAGACGAAGGCUGAUAAAAUCGAACUUACUGAAUCGUCUGAUUUUCCCCUACCUCCUCCGACCCAGGGUAGUCUAGAAGCUAGCAUAGCUUCCGUCUUACAGCAGAGCACUGCCGCAAGGCAAGAUGCCAAUAUGGGAACAAAGUUUAGCAAUGUUUCAGGGAUCGAAAAGUGGAAACAAGUAUGUGAGGAGGCGAAGAAGAGCGUGGGCGAGAAGAUGAAAGCACACGAAGAACCAAGGCCAUUGGAUGAUGUCGAGCUUGAACCGUCGUUUUCGGAUCAACCAGUUCAGACGAAAACAAUUGCAGAAAGUCCAGGGCAGGGCAGCCGACAACCACCGCCAAAUGAUUACUUCGAAAACUUGAAGACAAAUAAGAAAGACACCAUUCCAUGGAGCACCAGGCCUUCGGAGAACAAAAGGAGGAAACUAACGGAAGGCAUCAAAAGUCCCCCAACAGAAACACCGAUCCCGGCAGCAAAAGAUAUGGAACGCAUAAGAAGUCCACCAGUGCUUUCUGACAUGACUCCCAAGGAAGGUAGUCCGGCGAUAUUUAAAAAAAGAAUGGAGGGAAUAGGAAGUCCUUCAGUGCCCUCUGACACAACAUUUGAGAGUGGCACCGAAACUGCUGCCGAUGGAACAUCUUGGAAAACGGGACGAGCACAUGGUUUACCUAGAAAAGAGGCCGGCUGUAUUGAAAACCCUGUUGAUGAAGCAUCUAAGGCGCCUAGGCCAGUGCCACUCCAAAAUGAAGCUGGACGGAUCAAAAGUCCCCCUGUACCACAAGACCGUUGCUUGGAAGACCACCUCGUUGCCGUCGAUGAGAUAGUGCCAAAAAGAGUUGUUGAGUCUUCAAGUGCCCCACAACCAGCAACGCAAGAACCUGUAAGUGUGGGUACACGCCCGUUCACAUAUCCUCCUGGCAAACAAGAUUAUGCACCCCUACUAGGCGAGUCUGCGUUUGCAGUGACCGUCGAACAACUGGGCCCUGCAUUGAUGAACAACGACGACAAGAGUUCCAGAAAAGAGCCAAUGAAAGCACCACCCACUCCUCUAAGAGCUGAGACUACUGUGUUUGAUGUGCCCCUGUUUCAUCUUAAGGCGACCAUUCCUCUCUCAAUCUGCGGUGGCGGGAGCAAGUCACGUGAAAUGUACCACACAGAGGUGACGAGAACUAAAGUUGUAUGUGAUACAAAGGCUCCUGUAUGGCCAGAGGAAGAGCUCGUAGUUGAAGCAAAGAGUGCUGGUGUUGACAAAAAGCACCCUACAGUACUAAAAGGAAAUAACAUAAUACAGGAAGCUGAAGGACCAAUCGAUAGAAAACCUACCGAAGCCGGAAGAGGGAAGUGUGAGACAGAGAAACAUUCAGUAGGGGUUGGCAGGAAACUAGUAGAUAGUUCGGCGGCAUGGUCCGAUGUGCAGGAACCAGAUAGAAAGCAGCGUGGAAAAGGCAGAACGGUAAGAGAGAAACAUGAUGUCGUUGUCAACAAGAAACACCCGGACAACCCGAAAGCUGAGACCGAUGAACAGAAGAAAGUUCAUGGAAAUUCCGAUGUGGAAUGUGACGCAGAAUUCGACAAGUCCCAUGUGGACGGGGCUAGUAAAAAGGCUCCUGUGCAUAUACAAGGAACAGUUGCAGAUGAGCCUAGUAAUGCGAAGGAAAGUCCAAAAGUGAGGCCAGAAACAGUGGAACAAGUAGUGGAAACUGUUACGAGAGACCUCAAUGAGGAAGAAGCAGCGGCUAUUGAUCGGGAACGUCCUUCUACACAGAAGGGAGGAACAGUAACCGAUGCAUUUUUCUCCACAUCUCCAUACGCAGCCGCAGAAGACAAAAACGGGAUUCAACAGCGGGCUAUGAAACAUCCGGGAAGUGGAAAAGACAAGACACUACCAGGGGAGAACGGAAAACCUUCGCCCGUAAAAGAAGAAAAGUCAGGAAAGCAUUCGAAAGAACUCGCUAAAAAGCCUCAUGCAUCUAUCAAGGAUCAUGAUAUUAAAGAUGGCAAAAAUCCUGUUGGGUCUGAGAAGAAACUUCCUUCGAGUCAGAAUAGAAAGCACGAGACAGUGAAAACCGGCGACAAAGAUGAAAAAAUCACGAAAGAUAAAUCCCUUGCCGACAAAAAGGUCGGUCCAAGCAAAAAGGGUACGAUAGACGGUGAGGAACUUAAAGCGUUGCAGCACGCAGCUUUUGCAGUGACACACAAAGGAAGGGAGGCGGUCGACAAAAGAUCACAACGGGACCAAGAAAUAAAGACAUCAAUUCCACGGAAACACGGCAAGGAAACUGAUCACACCAGACAGACAACGGCUCCAGCGGAAGACAAACCUGAACCGUCACGAGACAAUGCUGUAGUGCCACAUUCUGGAAUGAAAACUAACAGCAUUUUAAAGGCGGAAUCAUCACCCGAUAUUGGAGCAUCUGCACAAGAAGUGUCUCGGACAAUAAGGAUAUCGGGCGAACAGGCUCACAAAGCAGAAUCUUUACCGAAAAUGAAACAAGGAGGUUUAGAAGUAACCGAAGCUCCUGUCAGCAAACGAAAAGAGGCGAUAACCUUUAGCGGGCCGUCGCAACGAAUCGAUUCCUGUUCGUCCGAACCCUCAGCAGCAAUAGGAGCCACAAUUAAAGGCGCAACGAAAGCGGAAUCAUUCCCGAGAGCUGCUGACUCAUCCGGAAAAGGACCGCCAGCGAGUGACGUACUUGCGAAGAUAGCUGAGGAAGCACAAGCUGUAACAAGCCAGGAGUCGAGGAGCGCGAGCACGGGAUCAGAGGCGGCACAAGAUGGAACAGCCAGCAGGCAACCAACCGACGAAUGGAUUACGAGGGACGAGCUGGAACAGUACAUGAAAUACGUAAGGGAGAUGAAAAUGAGGCGAGGAUCGUGCUUACCGCCUGGUGCUCUGUUAUCUACGGCCAGUGUUGGUCCUUCCAAAAAGAAGCCGAGCCUCACUAUGGAGACGAAAAUAGAACUAAUCGGCAAAGGACGAGUAACGUUUUCGUUCGACGCUACUGCGGAGGACGGAGCAGGAGUGGAGGACUCCGUUACGAUGCCACGUCGAUUUUCGUCUGUAAUGCAAACGCCCAAGAGGUCAAGCAUUGAUAUAAGAGAGGGACGGGUGCCGCCGCCAACUCCCGCACCCUCAUCGGAUGCCUUUAAACGCAAGUCUGUUGAUUUCGGCCGGAAAGGGGACAGCAAUAGCAUGCUCUACAAAGCUUACGAGCCUGCCCGCAGUGUGAGUCAAUCUGUUGCUAAACGAAGAUUAUCUGAGUAUACCAAAGAACAGCCUAGUGAUUUGAGAAAACGCAGGUCUUCUGAGCCCGGGACUCUGCCGGCAGCACCUAGCGAAGGACUCGACGAAUCUCUACCCAGAUUUUCAACAUCAGAUAAGGACAUGUCCCAAGACAGAUCAGGUUUAACGGAGGAACCUCAAGGUACCAUUAUAGCAAGGGCACCCCGCGGCCCUUGUGAAGCACUUCAAGAAGAUUUGGUAAGCGUUCCUCCCCCUUCCAGGACGACAAUGAAAAGUAAAGACAGGGCCCAAGAAAUUUCAUCAGAAACGUUCUCAGCCAUCUCAAUACCUCCUGAAGAAGUGCCGGUCUUGCCAGUGUUGGUUCCACAACGUGCAGCAGAUUCCCAAAGGCCCUCUUCAGUGUCUGCGGAACAAAGAGCUGUACCGGAAGCUGGGCUUUUCCGAACGGAAUCGGGAAGGACACUAUCGCCUACAGCCAUGACUGAUGAUACAGGAUACAAAACAUGCGAAUCUCGACUUGAUGCUGUGACAGAGAGGUCUUUAGACAUUGUAAGAAGCUCCGAGCUCGUGAGUCCAGUGCAACAAGGAGAACCUACCGAAGUUGCUCAGCCAGCAAUUGCUCCUUUAGAAGCAGUUCCAAGCACCGAAGUUGUGGCAUUUGAAGAGAAACGCGUUGUACCACCCAGUGCAGCUGAAGAAGUUGUACCGUCCGUUCCAUCACUUGAGGUUAUAACCCCGAAAGAACAAGAGGAGAGAGCAGAGCUGCCUGAAGCAGUUCCUUUGGAGCCAAAAGUCAGUACCGAAGUUGUGGCGUUCGAAGAGAAGCGCGUUGUACCACCGCAAGUUGCUGAAGAAGUUGUACCAUCCGUUCCAUCACUUAAGGAGGUUGUAACCCCGAAAGAACAAGAGGAGAGAGCAGAGCUGCCUAAAGCUGCUCCUCUGGAGCCAAAAGUCAGUACCGAAGUUGUGGCAUUCGAAGAGAAGCGCGUUGCACCACCGAUAUCUCCUAAAGGUGUUGUACCGUCCGUUCCAUCACCUGAGGAGGUUCUAGCCCCGAAAGAACUAGAGGAGAGAGCAGAGCUGCCUAAAGCUGCUCCUCUGGAGCCAAAAGUCAGUACCGAAGUCGUGGCAUUCGAAGAGAAGCGCGUUGCACCACCGAUAUCUCCUAAAGGUGUUGUACCGUCCGUUCCAUCACCUGAGGAGGUUCUAGCCCCGAAAGAACUAGAGGAGAGAGCAGAGCUGCCUAAAGCUGCUCCUCUGGAGCCAAAAGUCAGUACCGAAGUUGUGGCAUUCGAAGAGAAGCGCGUUGCACCACCGAUAUCUCCUAAAGGUGUUGUACCGUCCGUUCCAUCACCUGAGGAGGUUCUAGCCCCGAAAGAACUAGAGGAGAGAGCAGAGCUGCCUAAAGCUGCUCCUCUGGAGCCAAAAGUCAGUACCGAAGUCGUGGCAUUCGAAGAGAAGCGCGUUGCACCACCGAUAUCUCCUAAAGGUGUUGUACCGUCCGUUCCAUCACCUGAGGAGGUUCUAGCCCCGAAAGAACUAGAGGAGAGAGCAGAGCUGUCUAAAGCUGCUCCUCUGGAGCCAAAAGUCAGUACCGAAGUUGUGGCAUUCGAAGAGAAGCGCGUUGCACCACCGAUAUCUCCUAAAGGUGUUGUACCGUCCGUUCCAUCACCUGAGGAGGUUCUAGCCCCGAAAGAACUAGAGGAGAGAGCAGAGCUGCCUAAAGCUGCUCCUCUGGAGCCAAAAGUCAGUACCGAAGUUGUGGCAUUCGAAGAGAAGCGCGUUGCACCACCGAUAUCUCCUAAAGGUGUUGUACCGUCCGUUCCAUCACCUGAGGAGGUUCUAGCCCCGAAAGAACUAGAGGAGAGAGCAGAGCUGCCUAAAGCUGCUCCUCUGGAGCCAAAAGUCAGUACCGAAGUUGUGGCAUUCGAAGAGAAGCGCGUUGCACCACCGAUAUCUCCUAAAGGUGUUGUACCGUCCGUUCCAUCACCUGAGGAGGUUCUAGCCCCGAAAGAACUAGAGGAGAGAGCAGAGCUGCCUAAAGCUGCUCCUCUGGAGCCAAAAGUCAGUACCGAAGUUGUGGCAUUCGAAGAGAAGCGCGUUGCACCACCGAUAUCUCCUAAAGGUGUUGUGCCGUCCGUUCCAUCACCUGAGGAGGUUCUAGCCCCGAAAGAACUACAGGAGAGAGCAGAGCUGCCUAAAGCUGCUCCUCUGGAGCCAAAAGUCAGUACCGAAGUUGUGGCAUUCGAAGAGAAGCGCGUUGCACCACCGAUAUCUCCUAAAGGUGUUGUACCGUCCGUUCCAUCACCUGAGGAGGUUCUAGCCCCGAAAGAACUAGAGGAGAGAGCAGAGCUGCCUAAAGCUGCUCCUCUGGAGCCAAAAGUCAGUACCGAAGUCUUGGCAUUCGAAGAGAAGCGCGUUGCACCACCGAUAUCUCCUAAAGGAGUUGUACCGUCCGUUCCAUCACCUGAGGAGGUUCUAGCCCCGAAAGAACUAGAGGAGAGAGCAGAGCUGCCUAAAGCUGCUCCUCUGGAGCCAAAAGUCAGUACCGAAGUUGUGGCAUUCGAAGAGAAGCGCGUUGCACCACCGAUAUCUCCUAAAGGUGUUGUACCGUCCGUUCCAUCACCUGAGGAGGUUCUAGCCCCGAAAGAACUAGAGGAGAGAGCAGAGCUGCCUAAAGCUCCUCCUCUGGAGCCAAAAGUCAGUACCGAAGUUGUGGCAUUCGAAGAGAAGCGCGUUGCACCACCGAUAUCUCCUAAAGGUAUUGUACCGUCCGUUCCAUCACCUGAGGAGGUUCUAGCCCCGAAAGAACUAGAGGAGAGAGCAGAGCUGCCUAAAGCUGCUCCUCUGGAGCCAAAAGUCAGUACCGAAGUUGUGGCAUUCGAAGAGAAGCGCGUUGCACCACCGAUAUCUCCUAAAGGUGUUGUACCGUCCGUUCCAUCACCUGAGGAGGUUCUAGCCCCGAAAGAACUAGAGGAGAGAGCAGAGCUGCCUAAAGCUGCUCCUCUGGAGCCAAAAGUCAGUACCGAAGUCGUGGCAUUCGAAGAGAAGCGCGUUGCACCACCGAUAUCUCCUAAAGGUGUUGUACCGUCCGUUCCAUCACCUGAGGAGGUUCUAGCCCCGAAAGAACUAGAGGAGAGAGCAGAGCUGCCUAAAGCUGCUCCUCUGGAGCCAAAAGUCAGUACCGAAGUUGUGGCAUUCGAAGAGAAGCGCGUUGCACCACCGAUAUCUCCUAAAGGUGUUGUACCGUCCGUUCCAUCACCUGAGGAGGUUCUAGCCCCGAAAGAACUAGAGGAGAGAGCAGAGCUGCCUAAAGCUGCUCCUCUGGAGCCAAAAGUCAGUACCGAAGUCGUGGCAUUCGAAGAGAAGCGCGUUGCACCACCGAUAUCUCCUAAAGGUGUUGUACCGUCCGUUCCAUCACCUGAGGAGGUUCUAGCCCCGAAAGAACUAGAGGAGAGAGCAGAGCUGUCUAAAGCUGCUCCUCUGGAGCCAAAAGUCAGUACCGAAGUUGUGGCAUUCGAAGAGAAGCGCGUUGCACCACCGAUAUCUCCUAAAGGUGUUGUACCGUCCGUUCCAUCACCUGAGGAGGUUCUAGCCCCGAAAGAACUAGAGGAGAGAGCAGAGCUGCCUAAAGCUGCUCCUCUGGAGCCAAAAGUCAGUACCGAAGUUGUGGCAUUCGAAGAGAAGCGCGUUGCACCACCGAUAUCUCCUAAAGGUGUUGUACCGUCCGUUCCAUCACCUGAGGAGGUUCUAGCCCCGAAAGAACUAGAGGAGAGAGCAGAGCUGCCUAAAGCUGCUCCUCUGGAGCCAAAAGUCAGUACCGAAGUUGUGGCAUUCGAAGAGAAGCGCGUUGCACCACCGAUAUCUCCUAAAGGUGUUGUACCGUCCGUUCCAUCACCUGAGGAGGUUCUAGCCCCGAAAGAACUAGAGGAGAGAGCAGAGCUGCCUAAAGCUGCUCCUCUGGAGCCAAAAGUCAGUACCGAAGUUGUGGCAUUCGAAGAGAAGCGCGUUGCACCACCGAUAUCUCCUAAAGGUGUUGUACCGUCCGUUCCAUCACCUGAGGAGGUUCUAGCCCCGAAAGAACUAGAGGAGAGAGCAGAGCUGCCUAAAGCUGCUCCUCUGGAGCCAAAAGUCAGUACCGAAGUUGUGGCAUUCGAAGAGAAGCGCGUUGCACCACCGAUAUCUCCUAAAGGUGUUGUACCGUCCGUUCCAUCACCUGAGGAGGUUGUAGCCCCGAAAGAACUAGAGGAGAGAGCAGAGCUGCCUAAAGCUGCUCCUGUGGAGCCAAAAGUCAGUACCGAACUUGUGGCAUUCGAAGAGAAGCGCGUUGCACCACCCAUAUCUCCUAAAGGUGUUGUACCGUCCGUUCCAUCACCUGAGGAGGUUCUAGCCCCGAAAGAACUAGAGGAGAGAGCAGAGCUGCCUAAAGCUGCUCCUGUGGAGCCAAAAGUCAGUACCGAACUUGUGGCAUUCGAAGAGAAGCGCGUUGCACCACCGAUAUCUCCUAAAGGUGUUGUGCCGUCCGUUCCAUCACCUGAGGAGGUUCUAGCCCCGAAAGAACUAGAGGAGAGAGCAGAGCUGCCUAAAGCUGCUCCCCUGGAGCCAAAAGUCAGUACCGAACUUGUGGCAUUCGAAGAGAAGCGCGUUGUACCACCAAGAGCUGCCGAAGAAGUUGUACCAUCAGUUCCAUCACUUAAGGAGGUUCUAACCCCAAAAGAACAAGAGGAGAGAGCGGAGCUCCCUAAAGCAGUUCCUAUAGAGCGAAAAGUCAGUACCGAGGUUGUGCCGUUCGAAGAGAAGCGCGUCGUACCACCGAGAGCUGCUGAAGAAGUUGCACCAUCUGUUCCAUUACAUGAGGAGGUUCUAACUCCGAAGGAACAAGAGGAGAGAGCAGAGCUGCCUAAAGCUGCUCCUCUGGAGCCAAAGGUCAGCACAGAAGUUGUGGCGUUCGAAGAGAAGCGCGUUGCACCACCGAUUUCUCCUAAAGGGGUUGUACCGUCCGUUCCAUCACCUCAGGAGGUUCUAACCCCGAAAGAACUAGAGGAGAGAGCAGAGCUGCCGAAAGCUGCUCCUCUGGAGCCAAAGAUCAGUACAGAAGUCGUGGCGUUCGAAGAGAAACGCGUUGCACCACCGAUAUCUCCUAAGGGUGUUCUACCGUCCGUUCCAUCACCUGAGGAGGUUCUAACCCCCAAAGAACUAGAGGAGAGAGCAGAGCUGCCUAAAACUGCUCCUCUGGAGCCAAAGGUCAGUACAGAAGUCGUGGCGUUCGAAGAGAAACGCGUUGCACCACCGAUAUCUCCUAAAGGGGUUGUACCGUCCGUUCCAUCACCUCAGGAGGUUCUAACCCCGAAAGAACUAGAGGAGAGAGCAGAGCUGCCGAAAGCUGCUCCUCUGGAGUCAAAGAUCAGUACAGAAGUCGUGGCGUUCGAAGAGAGACGCGUUGCACCACCGAUAUCUCCUAAAGGUGUUCUACCGUCCGUUCCAUCACCUGAGGAGGUUCUAACCCCCAAAGAACUAGAGGAGAGAGCAGAGCUGCCUAAAACUGCUCCUCUGGAGCCAAAGGUCAGUACAGAAGUCGUGGCGUUCGAAGAGAAACGCGUUGCACCACCGAUAUCUCCUAAAGGUGUUGUACCGUCCGUUCCAUCACCUGAGGAGGUUCUAACCCCGAAAGAACUAGAGGAGAGAGCAGAGCUGCCUAAAGCUGCUCCUCUGGAGCCAAAGGUCAGCACAGAAGUCGUGGCGUUCGAAGAGAAACGCGUUGCACCACCGAUAUCUCCUAAAGGUGUUCUACCGUCCGUUCCAUCACCUGAGGAGGUUCUAACCCCCAAAGAACUAGAGGAGAGAGCAGAGCUGCCUAAAACUGCUCCUCUGGAGCCAAAGGUCAGUACAGAAGUCGUGGCGUUCGAAGAGAAACGCGUUGCACCACCGAUAUCUCCUAAAGGUGUUGUACCGUCCGUUCCAUCACCUGAGGAGGUUCUAACCCCGAAAGAACUAGAGGAGAGAGCAGAGCUGCCUAAAGCUGCUCCUCUGGAGCCAAAGGUCAGCACAGAAGUCGUGGCGUUCGAAGAGAAACGCGUUGCACCACCGAUAUCUCCUAAAGGUGUUCUACCGUCCGUUCCAUCACCUGAGGAGGUUCUAACCCCCAAAGAACUAGAGGAGAGAGCAGAGCUGCCUAAAACUGCUCCUCUGGAGCCAAAGGUCAGUACAGAAGUCGUGGCGUUCGAAGAGAAACGCGUUGCACCACCGAUAUCUCCUAAAGGUGUUGUGCCGUCCGUUCCAUCACCUGAGGAUGUUCUAAUCCCGAAAGAACUAGAGGAGAGAGCAGAACUGCCUAAAGCUGCUACUCUGGAGCCAAAGGUCAGUACCGAAGUUGUGGCGUUCGAAGAGAAACACGUUGCACCCCCUAGAACUAAGGAAGCGGUUGCACCAAUUGCUCCGUCACCAAAAGAGGAAGUCGUGACUCCGAAGGAAUUAGAGGAGAGAGGAACGCUACCUGAAGCGGUUCCUUUGGAACCGAAGAUAAGCACCGAAGUUGUAGCAUUUGAGGAGAGGAAUGUAGCUCCACCCACAAGCGCAAUAGUUGGGUUGGAAGUUGCACUGGAACAUAAACCAAGCACGGAAAUUGUACCCUUUGAGGAAAAAUAUUUGGCGUCAGCUACAGUUGAGCAGCCUAUUGUACCAGCUGAAGAAAGAGCAGAAGGAAGUACUCUCCUAGAGAGAAAGUUGGAUGCUACAUGUACUCCAGCAACACCACCAAUGGAUGUUGCACCCAGUUCCUCUUAUGAAAGCGUGUAUUCAGCAGCAGGAUCAUAUACAUCACUGAAAUUGCCGACACCGCAACGUAGUCUCUUAGUCACAAGUGCAACUACAGAAGAACGUCAUUUAUAUGACAGAGGGCUCAUGACACAAGAGGCUCCUAAGAAGUCACUGUCACUCCUUGAACUUACCUCAGAAACGUCUCAUGACGAGGCCUAUGUCACACCGGAAGUCGUUCUUGAAGAAGAAAAGAGAGUGCGAGAACUGCUGGAGGUGGAAAUGGCAUUGUCUAAAGAUAGAUUUACUAGUAUGUCGAAAGAGGAAGACAUGCUCCAUGCUGUUACCCCACAGAGCGAAACGCCUGACGUUACUGAACACAAAGAAAAGGAAGCUGCUGUAGCGUCUUCCCCGGGUGCUCUGUUGCCAAAAAAGCUCCCCCUGGCUGGAGAAGAACCAGAAAGCCGCGGGAUUGUGGAACCUGCAGAGUUUAAUAAAGGGCCAAUGAGUGAUUGGGAAACAGAACUCAGGGUACUGAGAGAUUCUAGGCUGCAAGCGGUGCCGCAUGAGAAGGCGUCAACGCCUUCAGGUACUGACGUAACACAACAGGACAAAUCAAGGCGCGAAGGAGCAGUUGAGCCUAUAAAAGCUGACGGAGGUUCCGGUCCUGUCACGAUUGGUGAAGCUGUGGGAUCUCCAGAAGAUCCGCUGAUUAUCGUAUAUGAACGCGACGUUAUGGGCAUGGUGACACCAGAGUUCGAGGUCACUGUGAAGAGUGAGCGGGAGGUGAAACUUCGUGGUCCCUGCGCGAAUGUUCCUUUACUUACUGGUGCCUUACGUUCCAUGGCUACGGAUCGACCAAGCCCUGCAGGAAGCGAACGCAUGGCUUUACCUGCAACUAAAUCGCCAGUGUCAGCAGCCUUCUCCCCGCCUUCUGUUGUGGCACAGCAGGCACAGGAUGUAACAAAACACGGCAGAGUGUUGAGUACGGAGUCGAUGUUGGAAAGCAAGCCGUCUGAAACGAGCAUGGGACAAAAGUCCGAGACGGAAUCGACGAAGGCUGGGUCUGUUCCAGAAGAAUCGAGCAUCGACGAUGAGAAGUUGCAAGGUACGCGAUACGAGCCGCCGAAAUUUCUGAGCACUCCCCGGACUUUCUUGCCGGAACCAGAAAAACCUUUGAAAGCAGAAACUGACGAGAGCCAGGAAGUAGCAAAAGUAGGUGAAGGCGAAAAGAGAGCUGAGCAAGAAGAUUUGAAUCGUAUCCCAGUUGACAGGCAAUUAGUGGUACGUAAACCAAGUCAUGAACAGGUUGUGCCAGCUGCUGAAAGUAUACUGAAAGAGCGUGAAGGUGAAAAGUUAAUUGAAUCAUCAGAGGGGCAUAAGCUUGCAGAAGCAGUACCCUCGACAGUAAGUAUAGCAACAGAGGUAGGUUCGGAACUAGCUAGGAAGCCAGAAGAAUCAUCAGAGGAGAGAUCUUUAGUGGAACGACAACCAGGUGCAGAACAUGCCAUAGAAGCAGUAGCACAGAAGCGGAUAUUCCUUCCUGUUGGGACACCUUCAGAUCAAAUGAUGGUGGCGCGCGAAUCACGUCGGGAUGAUGUGUCUGAGGUUCCGGAAGCGAGCUCUGAAGUCCAUCCUACGGAGGACGAACGUAAGGUCAGAGAGGCCGAAGACGCAGCUGCAAGGAAGCGACAGUUUCUUCCUGUUGAAGCAGGAGGAGCUCUUCCCGGUGAAGAAGGAAUUAAAUCAGAGGAACGCGCCUUAGUGGAGCGUACUGAUCUUGCUCAUGUGGCAGAAACCUCAGAAGAACUAGGAGGCAAGGAGUUAACAAAAGAAGGUGAAGAACUGAAAGGAACAGAAAAAAUUGCUCCAGCUGACACCGGGACAGAAGUACACGGAGCCCUUGUUGAACGAAAAUUAGAUGAAGUUGAACCUGCUCCAGAAAAAGCCGUUGAAGACCACUUGGAACGAAGUGUAAAAGAAACCAUCAGUGGGGAAAGCUUUGCAGAAGUGAAGUCAGUUCCCGAAGAAAAGGGCAGUUCUAGCGAUGAUCGCUACAUCAGUUGUGACAGGUUGCUGGUUGAAUACAAACCCUCUGAAAUCGACAUUCCGGGGGCGGAGGCACUUAUACCCAAGAGUGAGGGUGAAUCAGUGCCCACUGAAGUAGAAGUUGUACCCGUUGGUGACAGUGUCCCCAGGCAUUCAGAACUAUACCGAAUUCCAGUUGCGACAGCAGCGGCAGUCGAGAAACUUGCGGUAGAAGUGUCUGAAGAAGAGGUAGCUCCUGCUGUAGCGGCCGAAGCAGAGACGGAACAUUUGGUUUCACAAGCAGAGCCGCCCCUCAAGACAAUCUCGGAGGAACAACUCGCCGCUACACUUGCUGCAAAGGUCGCAACGCAGAAACUGACAGAAGGUGCAGGCAAAGAACCUGAAGUAGAAGCAAAGAAACAAGAAGAAGUCGAAGAACUGCCGUGUGAAAGGACAGCAAUACCAGUUGUUAAAGAAUCUAAAGGACCGGUCGACAUGUCGGAGUGGGAAGUCCUCCUCUCCGAGGUUGCCAUGUCGAGAGAGUCGCCCCCUCCAAGGCCUGCAACCAGAACAGCUGACACACAAACUGAGUUGAGCAUAGUGCCUUCGGCCCUGUCCACGGAAGCAGUCAGCAGGGCAGGACCAGAUGUGAGGGAAGCAUCUACAUACGCCUUCUUGUCGGAAGAGACGGACGAAGACCGAAAGGCACACGAAGAGUAUUUGCCACUCUACUUGCACCGGGUUACCCUUAACGACAAACCGUCGAUUGCCGAAAUGAUACAGAAGAUGACCCCGUACAGCGAAGACUGGGAAGAAUCCGUUCCGGCUGAUUGGAGAGUAAACCCAGCCAAGGAACUGGAAAAGUGGCCAUCACCCUGUGUUCAGGACGCUAGCUCACCCGUUUUGCUCGUACUAGGGGGAAUCAACCUCGGCUCCCUAAGUCAAGUUCUUUCAGGGUGUCUCAUGCUGCGGUAUAACCUUGACGACAACGAAUGGAGACGCUGCAAUAUGAUGCCGCUUCCACGCUACGGACACAAAUGUGUUUUCUACAAUGACGAAAUCUACAUUAUAGGUGGAUUCGACAAUCGCGACGCUACGUAUGGUUUGCGUAUGUCGACGAGUUUCUGCUUCCGUUACCACGUUCAAACUGGCGAGUGGAGUGUCAUUGCACCGUUGAGAAACGCCAGGGGUUACCACGGCGUCGCGAUACUGGACAACAAAUUCUAUGUCGUCGGCGGCGUAGACGCUCAUGAUGUGUUGUUGUCAAGCGUGGAACGUUACAAUCCUGAAGAAGACACGUGGGACGUUCUUGAUAAAGGCUUGUACUGUGGCCGCAUGGGGAUGGGUGUCUCGGCGUUUCAGGGCAAACUGUGGGUUGUUGGAGGCAUCGUUCAGAUAGUGGGUCUUCAGACGUGCUCUACGGCCUACGUGGAAGUCUACAACCCCAAUACUAACGAGUGGACGUACGCAGCAAGCUAUCUGCCAUCCCCAAGGACCUGUGUGUCGUUGCUGAACGUGGAGGAUAAGGAACUAUACUGCUUCGGUGGCAUAUUCUAUAACAACGCGGGACCAACAAGGAAGCUUCUCACCAUCGAGGACGUUGUCGUGUACACAGAUAAGAUGAAAUCUUGGAAGCAAGUUGCCACGAUGCCUGUGGCGCGCCACAAUGCCCACGUUCUGCAAUACAAAGGCCACGCUUUUGUUGUAGGAGGUCAAGACGUCGAAGCCCCCAAUCAGCCGCUAACCAGCAUUAUAACUUCUGAUAUAUCUAGCAGCAAAUUCAACUGGAAGGAUAUAAAAGACGUUCCAUUACCCAUUUCGGCUUAUGCCGCCCUCGUGCUUCCACCGUUGGAAGAAGGCUAUAGAGUUAUGGCUCCGAGUCUUAAGGCCAUCAGGAGAGAGCCGUCAAGCCAGGAACCGCGCAGCGACGAACAAGACACCAAAAAGCUUGCUACCACAAAACGACACACAGAGGAGGAACCUCCGCGCCCUGCGGAAGCAUCUCCCAGAGCCGUGGCAGCUGCACCUGUGGCCGUCACAGAAGCAGUAGUUACAGCCACUGCUGUUACUCCAGCGAAAGCCAGCAGAGCUCCUCCCAGACCUUUAGGAAAGCAGCCUCAUCCCGGAAGCGAAGAGCCAUGUAUGGUCGUCAAAGAACUAAGCAGUGUUAGUUCAACAUCAAUCAUUCCAGUGGAAGCGAACAGGGAGUCAAGCCUAGAGGUACUGCCACCACCUGCUAAAGAGGCGCUUAUUCCUCGGACAGAGAGGAUCACAGUUUCCGCAGCUCCCACUGUAAAAGCUUUUCCAGAGCCACCUAGUAAAAAAGCACCAACAUCUCCACCCAGCAGUGAAGGGCCAUGCUCUGAUGCACGCGCUGAGCCGCAACAAGUUGUUCGCCAGCCAGAAACUAGACCAGAAAAAAUAACACCCAAACCUCCCUGCGAACAGCCACCUCGUACCGUAGCAGUUCCACCACCGUCUGAGGCAUACGCCGUUACGGCAGUCCCGCUUGUAGAAGCAUUUAGACAACCACAAGCCAGCGAAAGCCCAACCAGUCCUGCACCUGUUGCUCCUCAAGAAGUCAGUAGUGAGCGAGAAGCAAGACCUGUAAGACCCAAAGAGCAGCCUAUUCCUGUAUCGCUUCCAGUUUUGACGACUGCAAAGGAAGAAACAACACAAGAACUGACACACUCACAAGCCAGCAAGCAGCCAUCCGACAUCGUAGAACCGGCUCGUCAACGUUCUAAUGAAGAAUUACGAAGCCCGAAAGACUCACAAAAUGUCGAAGGAGUCUCAUCACAGCCUCACAGUGCCGUUGUACCGUACGAAGAACAGCUACCUACUCGUAGAGAAGAGCCCCCUCACAUGAAGCUCGCAGGUGUGCCUUCAAAUGAGCAAGCCCUAAGUACAGCAGCUCCUCCACAUCAGGCCAGUAGAGAUCUACAUAGUGCUCCGCAAUCGGAGCCUCACUCUGAUAGUUCUGCAGCACCACCAUCCGGAGAACGGUCUGCGGUUCUUCCUCGGAAUCAAACCAGCGCAGGGCCACACACCCUAGAUCAUCAAGAGCUGUCCAGCCCCGCUGGAUUCACAUCGCUCCCCUUCAGUCCGAUUGCAGUCCAGCAGCAACCUGGCAUCGUCAGUAUUGAACUGCCGACUCCCAUGGGGCUCUCACAUCCAGCCAGUUCGAAGGAGGAUAGUCCGUCCAUGCCCGCCUCACCAAAAGCCGAAGCGACAGUACUUCCACAAGAUAGUAUAGAGUCAUCAAGUGUUCCGGAACUGGAACAUCUACAAGAUAGUAAACAGCCACCUAGUCACAUGUUGCCACCACCACCUCCUGCAAGGGGACCAACAACAGCGACAGCAGGAACACAUCGUUCUAGUGCAGGUUCACCAGGCGGAGAGAGUCCAACUGGAACGACUCUACCUAGUGGGCUGUCACCCGUGAAGGUUGCCUCACAACCCGCCAAUGGUGGUCCACAAAAAUCUAUGUCGCCGCCAUCGUCACCUGGUUCCAUCCCACCAGUGGCAUUACAAGCUCCUUGCACCGCAGUCAGUGCAGCGCAAUCCAGUUCUACUGCAGCUACACUCCCAGAUGACAUUGAAAGCUCGGGCAUGCCCCAAGAAACUGCACAACCAUCAGGGGAGAAUGAUAGCAAAACUCAUGCUGACAAAAGAAUUGUAGAAGCUCCUCACACAUCCGUCAGCGAAGCAACACUUGGUUCCCAGGUAACCGCAUCCCCAUCUGCCAGUGAAGAAGCGAAGCCCGUGGACGUUGCACGCACUAAAUCCUCAAGCCCACCAUAACACAGCUCUUCGAGAGAGGAACAAAGCAAGUCCCACGAACGUGAUGGACAGUCAGACACGCAAUGGAUGCGUAUACCAAAAGUACUCCCGCGCCGCCUCUCAAUUCAAAUGAAAUUUCGAAACAGAAGCGUUGAUGGCGCAUUCAAAAGCCACCUCCGCAAUCGCGCAGACAUCAGCGAGAAUCAAAAUGUCACAGCUGCGACAGCGUACACAACAUAUAUGUUGCAGAAAUCUGGACGCCCAUGCAUAGUGAUUCUAGAAGGAAAUCUACCGCAGAAAUCUAUGCACCCGCCGCCUCUGCGAUUCGACUUGCCUGAAUAGUACAAAUAAAUUGCGACCACGAAAAGGUGAAAUAUACCAGUUUUACGAUUAU